AUGUUCACCUCGCAGGCCCAGAUUCUCCGAUCCAACCACCUCACACCAUCAAAUUUCUUUUCCCAGGUAACCACUCACAACUCUGGCACGCCUAACUCUGCCGUUCAUUCGCGGUUCACUCCAAAUGACCUUCCUUUUCCGAUGUGUUUUCUGCAACAACAAGAAAACACGCGCAAGAAGACUAAAUCGAGCAUUUACCCUCCCGCUAGCCCGCCAACCGCGAAACGUUCCUGA